AGGUUCAAGAUGGCGACGGCGGCCGCAUCCUCCGCUUCGGAGCCGGAGGCAGAGGCCAAGAUUGGGCCACAGAUUGGGCCGAAGGCUGAAGGACAGGAGGAUGAGGCUAAGGAUAGUAGGACAAGGAGGAAGGUGUUGUCACGGGCUGUGGCUGCCGCGACGUACAAGGCGGUGGGCUCAGGGUGGGAUCCGCCGGAGGAAGGCGUGAGUGAGAGCGAUGGAGACGAGGAGUACGUCAUGGCUUCCUCUGCGGAGAGCUCCCCGGGAGAGUACGAGUGGGAUUACGACGAAGAGGAGGAGAAAAACCAGCUGGAGAUUGAGCGGCUGGAGGAGCAGCUAUCAAUCAACGUGUAUGACUACAACUGCCAUGUGGAUCUGAUCAGGCUGCUCCGGCUGGAAGGGGAACUCACCAAAGUGAGGCUGGCUCGCCAGAAGAUGAGUGAGAUCUUCCCCCUGACUGAAGAGCUCUGGCUGGAGUGGCUGCAUGAUGAGAUCAGCAUGGCCCUGGAUGGCCUGGACAGGGAGCACGUGUACGAGCUCUUUGAGAAGGCUGUCAAGGAUUACAUUUGUCCCAACAUUUGGCUAGAGUACGGCCAGUACUCAGUUGGUGGAAUUGGUCAGAAAGGCGGCCUUGAAAAAGUGCGCUCCGUGUUUGAGCGGGCGCUCUCAACCGUGGGCUUACACAUGACCAAAGGGCUUGCCAUCUGGGAGGCUUACCGUGAAUUCGAGAGUGCUAUUGUGGAAGCCGCUCGGCUUGAGAAAGUCCACAGUCUCUUCCGGCGGCAACUCGCGAUCCCUCUCUAUGAUAUGGAGGGCACAUUUGCUGAGUAUCAAGAAUGGUCCGAAGAGCCAAUACCGGAGUCGGUAAUUCAGAACUACAACAAAGCGCUGCAGCAGUUGGAGAAAUACAAGCCCUAUGAAGAGGCACUGCUGCAGGCAGAGGCACCGAGGCUGGCGGAGUAUCAAGCGUACAUCGAUUUUGAGAUGAAAGUUGGCGAUCCGGCUCGCAUUCAGCUGAUCUUUGAACGUGCGUUGGUGGAAAAUUGCCUUGUCCCUGACUUGUGGAUCCGCUAUAGUCAGUACCUAGAUCGGCAACUGAAGGUCAAGGACUUAGUUUUAUCUGUACACAGUCGAGCCGUGAGGAACUGUCCCUGGACAGUCGCCCUGUGGAGUCGCUACCUCCUGGCCUUGGAGAGAUAUGAAGUCGAUCAGCAGAUGAUAUCAGUGACCUUCGAGAAAGCUCUGAGCGCUGGCUUCAUUCAGGCCACUGAUUAUGUGGAGAUUUGGCAGACGUACCUGGAUUACCUGCGGAGAAGGGUUGAUUUCCAGCAAGACUCCAGUAAAGAGCUGGAAGAGCUGCGGUCCACGUUCACCCGUGCUUUGGAUUACCUGAAGCAGGAGGUGGAAGAACGUUUCAACGAGAGUGGAGACCCGAGCUGCGUGAUCAUGCAGAACUGGGCUAGGAUUGAGGCUCGACUAUGCAAUAACAUACAGAAAGCCCGGGAACUCUGGGACAGCAUCAUGACCAAAGGAAACGCCAAGUAUGCCAACAUGUGGCUCGAGUAUUACAACCUGGAAAGGGCACAUGGUGACACACAGCAUUGCCGGAAGGCUCUGCACCGGGCCGUGCAGUGCACCAGUGACUACCCUGAACAUGUCUGUGAAGUGCUGCUCACCAUGGAGAGGACGGAAGGCACUUUAGAAGAUUGGGAUGUAGCCGUUCAGAAAACCGAAACCCGACUAGCCCGUGUUAAUGAGCAGAGACUAAAGGCUGCGGAGAAGGAGGCAGUGCUGGUCCAACAGGAGGAGGAGAGGGCGGAACAGCGGAAACGGGUCCGGGCUGAGAAGAAAGCACUGAAAAAGAAGAAAAAGAUGCAAGGUGGGGACAACCACAGAGCCGACGAGGACGAUGAGAAGGAGUGGGGUGAUGAUGAGGAAGAGCAGCCUUCCAAACGCAGGCGGGUGGAGAACAGCAUCGCUGUAGCCAACGAAGCCCAGGGCGUGGGCCUGGAAGCAGAGCUUGCCGGGAAGAGAGCGCCUGUGGAUGUCGACCCCCCUUCUAAGCAGAAGGAAAAGGCCGCGUCCCUCAAGAGGGACCUGGCUAAGGUGCCCCAUGACAGCCAGAAGGACAGCAUCACGGUCUUUGUCAGCAAUCUGCCCUAUAGCCUCAAGGAGCCAGAUUUGAACCUCAGGCCUCUCUUUGAGACCUGUGGCGAGGUGGCCCAGAUCCGCCCCAUCUUUACCAACCGAGGGGACUUCCGGGGUUACUGCUAUGUGGAGUUUAAAGAUGAGAAGUCAGCCCUGAAGGCCUUGGAGUUGGACCGUAAAAGUGUGGAGGGGAGGCCAAUGUUUGUCUCUCCCUGUGUGGAUAAGAGCAAAAAUCCCGAUUUCUGCACGAAAGAGGAGCUGGAGGAAAUCUGUAAAGUUCAUGGCACUGUGAAGGACCUCCGGCUGGUUACCAACCGGGCGGGAAAACCCAAGGGCUUGGCUUAUGUGGAGUAUGAAGAUGAAUCCAAAGGGCGGACCCAGCUCUCGCUCCUGCCUCGGGCCCUGCAGCGCCCAAGCACCAUGGCUGCCCAGGCUGAGAAUGGACCUUCCCCUCCACCAGCUGUCACCACCUCAGCAGCCAAUGAGGUGCCCAAGAUGUCCAAUGCUGACUUUGCCAAGUUGCUCCUGAAAAAGUGA